AUGCUGACCAGCUUUAUGGAGGGUCUUCUCUGCUGCCUGACCUCAAAGUCGGCAAACAUCGUGGUUCCUGUAGAAACCUCAGAACCAGCUGACGGCUACGAGUUUGUGGAGGUAAAACCAGGCCGAGUUCUGCGGGUUCGACAUAUUAUCCCUGACCGGCCGGUGGUGGAGGAACCCACUGGACCAGGUGGGAGCGUCAGCUGCAAGCGAAAGAUCACAGUAUACCGUAAUGGACAGCUAUUCAUUGAGAACUUGGGUGACAGGGCGAGCGCAGAGCUGAAAAACUGCCAGAAUGGGGAGACAGAGCCAAACAUCAGUGUAGAGGUUGAACUGACAGACUGUGGUAACUCCUCACCGCCCGUCAGCAUCCCUGAGCCCAGGUCUGACUCUGUCACCGCUGUAAAAGAUGGGACAGCUGAGACAGGAGCAGGAGGAGAGGCACCUGCUCCUGGACAGACUGACCAGUCGCAGCAACCAAGAAAGCGCAGGCGGAGGCCCAAGCGCACAGUGGUGAUCGACUGUGAGAGGAAGAUAACAGCCUGCAAAGGGACACAUGCAGAUGUGGCUCUGUUCUUCAUCCAUGGAGUGGGAGGCUCACUGGACAUAUGGGGAAGCCAGUUGGAUUUCUUUUCCAGGCUGGGCUAUGAGGUGAUCGCUCCGGACCUGGCAGGUCACGGAGCCAGCUCAGCACCACAGAUAGCUGCUGCGUACACUUUCUACGCCCUGGCAGAGGACAUGAGACUUAUCUUCAAGAGAUAUGCACGCAAGAGGAAUAUUCUCAUAGGACAUUCUUAUGGUGUGUCGUUCUGUACCUUCUUGGCCCAUGAGUAUCCGGAUCAGAUCCACAAGAUGGUGAUGAUCAAUGGAGGAGGUCCCACAGCUCUGGAGCCCAGCCUCUGCUCCAUCUUCAAUCUGCCCACCUGUGUGCUCCACUGCCUCUCCCCACUGCUCGCCUGGAGCUUUCUCAAGGCUGGCUUUGCUCGACAGGGCGCCAAGGAGAAGCAGCUGCUGAAAGACAACAAUGCCUUCAACGUGUCAUCCUUUGUGCUGCGAGCCAUGAUGAGUGGACAGUACUGGCCUGAGGGAGACGAGGUCUACCAUGCUGAACUCACAGUGCCCAUCCUGCUAGUUCACGGCAUGCACGACAAGUUCGUCCCUGUCGAAGAAGACCAGCGCAUGGCCGAGAUCCUACUAAUGGCCUUUCUGAAGGUCCUGGAGGACGGCAGUCACAUGAUCAUGAUGGAGUGUCCCGACGCUGUCAACACACUCCUGCACGAGUUCAUCCUCUGGGAGCCGGCCGCCCCUCCACCGCCAAAGAAAGACUCCAAAGCACGUCCAGAAACUGCCAAAGCCCAAUGUGACAACACCAAGGCUACAUCUGACCCCACCAAGGUCCGACCUGCAACGGCGAGGCAGACCUCAGUCGAGAGGCCAGACAGCAAGGCCAAGAAAUGA